UUGAGCGAUGCGGAGCAGAAAAAAAAGAAAAAAAGGGAGUUGAGGAGAAAUUAAAUUCAGGAACAUGGUAAGGGGAUUGGACGAGGAGGAGACCAGCUUCCUGGACGAGGUCUCCAGGCAACAGUGCCUGGUUGAGAAGCAACGCAGGGAUGAGGAGAAACAGGAACUGUUGGAAUACAGAAGCGCUCUAGUGAAGCAAGUGUCCACGGAAAGCCGCAAAGAGCCGGAAAAGAAGGUGGCUGCUAAACAACCGGGGGCGGAGCAAAGGACCAGCCACCUGUCUCAGGCCCAUCUAUUGGCUGGAGCUGUCAAGAGGCGCAGUUCCUCCCAGUCGUCAGACAGCAGUAAGAAGCAGAGGUUAACAACUACAGCAACGACAGGAAACGGAGCCAGACACACAGAACAGGAGCAUGGAGCAGGAGGAGAACCAGGGGGAGCUGAAGAUCAACAAACAAUCCCCAACCUGACAGCCAAGGCCCCCCCAGCUGCCCUGGGCUCCGGUCAAGGCGUGUUACACCUGCCGUCAGCGGCCGUGUGCGUCGGCGUUUUACCAGGACUCUGGGUUUAUUCCGGCAGCAGCGACUCUGACAGCAGUUCGGACAGCGAAGUUUAAGCCGAGCAACCAAUCCCGCGCUGCCUACCCCGACGACAUCCUCCCCCCCACACCCAACCCUACUCCCAACCCCAGGCACAGUGACUGCAAGCUGUGCGAUUGGCUAAGGGAACAGUGAUUGACAGCUGUGGAGCAAGGAAGAGACUGCUUUAGACUGUGUCAAAUAAUUUGCACCUUUUAGCUAGCAGCAGCAGAGGAGAGAGAGCCGGGGCAGGACACACUUCGCUCUCCGUUUGGUUUAAAUGCAAAGCGUGAGUGGUUUAAAAACAUGUUUUUAUCAGUGUGAUGUAAUGUGUUUCCUCAUCAGUGGUUUGUUUUAAGGUUCUGGAACGAUGCUGGACUGCUUUUUUGGUCAAAGUCUGAUUAGAGAGAAAUAAAGAGCUUCCCUUGUACUGUGUGUGUAUGUGUGUGGAACUUUUUUGUUAACAUCGGGGACUUUUUAUGGAUUUAAAAUAUUAUGUUGCAUUAAAUCAGCCUGUUUUUGUCUCCCUUCCUAAGGUCAAUGAUU